AUGCGCACUCCUUCCCGUCGUGUUCGCUCACUCAACUUCCGCUGCCCACGCGCACUCACUCACGUCGCGCCCACUCACUCCCCAUCCGCCUCCCACGCUCACUCCCUCCCGUCGCCCACACUCACGCCCCAUCCGCCGCCCACGCUCACUCCCUCCCGUCGCGCUCGCUCACUCCCCUUACGCCGCCCAUGCGCACUCCGUCCCGUCGCGCUCGUUGACUCCCCUUCCACCGCCCACCCUCCUCCCGUCGCGACAGUCCCCUCCGUCGCACACGCGCAUUCCUCACAAUCGCAAACCUUCACUCCCCUCCGUCGCCCACGCUCACUCUCCCCUGUCGCCCACGCUCACUCCGACGGGAAGCGAGCUCAUUACCAUUCCGUCGCCCAUGCUCAAUGCCCGUUCGUCGCACACGCUCACUCCCCUCCGUCUCCCACGCUCACCCCCCUCCCGUCGCUUUCGCCCACUCCCUUUCCGCCGCCCACGGUCUCUCACUCCCGUCGCGUUUGGCCCCAUCCGUCGCCCACGCUCACUCCCCUGCCGUCACACACUCUCCUUCAUCCCCCCAUCCCUCAUCUCCCCAUCCCUCAUUUCCCCAUUCCUCAUCUCCCCAUCCCUCAUCUCCCCAUCCCUCAUCUCCCCAUCCCUCAUCUCCCCAUCCCUCAUCUCCCCAUCCCUCAUCUCCCCAUCCCUCAUCUACCCAUCCCUCAUCUUCCCAUCCCUCAUCUCCCUGCGACAGCAAUAGAGGGUGUGCGCCUGCGAGACAGAAGGGGAGGGGUGAGAUGUUGA